AUGAAUCCAGUGACAACCCCUACUCCAGCGAUCUCCUCUCUUGGGAGCAAUAAGCGGCCCAGAUCUAUCGAACCUGCUUCUUCCGAUGAGCCAAAGCUCAAGAAACAAAAGGCCGACUCUACCUCCAACCUCCCGGCCCCGGCAACUCCCGGUCUGGCCAAAUGUCCAUUCACGGACGCCUUCUUCGCCGACAUGGCAGUGGUCAUUCGGGAUACGUUCCCCAUCGGCAACUUUGCAGAGAAAUACCACUGCAGCAACAAGGAUGUGCUCGACGCUCUGAGUGCAGUGGUCUUGAAGCCCCUCUGCAUACCAUCAAAUGGGCUCCCAGUCUCCGACCACGCCCAGAUUCUCAUCGCAGACUGGCGAGAAGAUCUCGCAAGAGUCGCCAACGAGAUCAUCACGAUCUCGGGCAACUCUCCAGAGCCACACCCAGCUUCUUCCUCACUGAACCCCGAAUCUCCAGAAUCUGCACCACUCUCUGAUACCAACUCAUCGUCAAUCUUCACCUCUCCGGCAAAGCAGUCAACCUCACCCCCUAGCAGUCUAGGUAUCUGCAAUUCUUCUUCGGAGCCCGCUGGGAAGGGACUCUCAGAUUCCAAACCCUCUUUUCCACUGGUCACUAUCGAGCAGUCACGCCGCUCCCCAACCGAGCCCAUUGCCAGAAGCAGCCCGACGUCUCCGAAGAAGAACAACAAGAAGAAGGGAAAGUACCUGGAAACCCCGACAAGAAAGCGGGUAGAAGUUCGUCGGGACCACACCGGGGUACUUAUCCCCGUUGCAAACUGGAUUGAGGGAUAUCAUAUCCCCAAGCCUGCGGGGUCUGUGGAAAAAGGCCAAGGCCAGGUUGAUGCUAUGACGGAUGAGGAGUUUGAGAAGCGGAUGCAGGAAGGGUGGUUUAGGGAGUUUUUGAAGGAAGAGGAGAGAGACCAGGUUGCUUGCGCGAAACCUGGGUUAAAGCGUGGGCGAUGGAAGAAGUGA